UGCACCAGAGACAAUUUAAACGCGUCGCCAUCGCUCCAAAUCACACUAACUAGUGAACCGCGUAGCUAAGCGCAUCAAAGGACUCGAAGGACACGCGAUAAAAAAGAGAAGUGGAAAACGCGCUGCGGGAAAAGUGCAAGUGAAAAGUGAAAAUAAAGAUUUAUUUGUAAUAUAUUGAGUGACAAGUGAUUACUAUGAUGCACUGCAUCUGGCUACUGGCCAUUGUUGUGGCUGUGGCCUAUGGUCGCUCGCUCCACGUGCCGAGCGCAUACAACCCUCAUCCCCUGCUGCCCAAUGCCUACUAUCCCCAGCCCUACUCCUAUCCAGCUCCCUCUCCUUAUGCCUAUGGCUACCAGUCGCGUCCACUGAUCUACAGUCCACCUGGUAGCUACUUUGACACCGCCUAUGGGCUACAUAAACCACUGCCUGGAGGUGGCAACCCAGUCGCUGUCGACUACAACAAUCGCUGCUCUCGUAACUAUCUCGGCAUCAAACCGCAUCCGGAUCAGCAGCAAUAUUAUUAUGUCUGUCGCCCCAACUGCGUGAUCUUCAGCAAAUGUCCGAAUUUAGAGCGUUUCAACUCGAGUAGCGGCAAGUGCGUGCAGCGUGUACGUCCCGAUUAUCCUGUUUAUUGUGUCAAGGAGGGACGCUUUCCUUACGCCUACGACUGUAAGGUCUACUACAAGUGCGAUGCAAAUCUGAGACUGGAAUGGUACGGUUGCCCAUCUGGCACAAUUUUCUCGCCCAUUAGCAGCAAAUGUAUUCCUGGUGAUGUCUGUCCUUCCACGGAAAUCUCCAACAAUGGCAGCUACAUUCCGGAGAAUUGUGAACUCAAGUUCCCCGAGUGCUCAGAGGAAGGCACAUUUGUGUCGCCCACCGAUAGUUCCUUGUACUACACCUGCAAGCUGCAACCAAGUGGCAACUACUUGCAGACACGCUUCAAGUGUCCUGGCAACAACUGCUUCGAUCCGGAACGCAAGAUUUGCCAGCCUAGGCGCAACAACAACUUCCAGAGCUACGUGCCCAUAGCAGAGCUUGCCUACGCUCCCAUGGCACCUUUCUAUCCUUAUCUGCCACAACAUGGCAACCCCGAGCCAACUUUUGAGGAAGAAUACGAACCGGUGCGUGAGGAGAAACUGGAAUCAGAGCCAGAAGCUAAAGAGAGUCCAACUUCUGAAGUGGAGAAUGCACAAGUCAAGAUUGUGAUACUGCCACCGAAGACAACAGAAACCACGACAACAACCACUACAGCAGCUCCCACCAAGAAGUAUCCUUCGUAUCCCUAUGGCUAUGGCUAUGGCUAUGACUACGACAAACCCGAGACCCACAGUCUUGUCAAGGAAAACCCCGAGCAAGAGGCAGUGGUUAAUAUUGUUAUUGUACCAACAACAGCCAAGCCACAAGAGGAUACUACGAAAUACGAGUACAAGAAAUACACAUACCCCACUCAAUCCUCCUCGACACAUGCCACUCAACCAACAAAGCCCUCGUCUACCCUUGUUCCGGCACCAAAGCCUGCGCUUAUCGAGAAACAAGUUUUGCAUAGAAAAAUUGUCAUCCUUCCUCCCAUUACAACAUCACAAACUGAGGAGCCCACAAAACCAACCACAACAACUCGCAAGCCAACGACAACAACCACUAAGGCAACGACAACGAGCACCACUAAGAAACCCACCACCCCUAAGCCAACGACAACAUCAACUACAAAAACUACAACAACAGAAAAGACAACAACUCCGAAAACCACAACGACAACCACGACUAAAGCUCCGACUACUACCACAACGACAACUCCGAAACCAGCAACCACAACCACAACUACAACUCCAAAACCAAUCACAUCUACUACGAAAGCUCCUACGACAACAACACCCAAACCAACCACAACAUCCAAGACUACCACAACAACAACUUUAAAGCCAACCACCGGAGGAACUUCGCAAACGACAUCUGUUGAUAGCACAAUUCGUACCACAAGACAGCUGACCACGAAACUAACGACCUUGACACCGUCACCUUCAACAGCUAAGACGACGAAGCCACCAUGUCCCCCACCCACCACAACAACCACAACCAAGCUUCCAGCAACAACCACAACGACUACAACUCCUAAACCAACAACAUCAACAACAAAAGCAACCACAACUACUCCUAAACCAAAAACAACUUCGACAACAAAAACAACCACUCCAAAGCGAACCACAGCUUCGACCCACAAAACAACUUCGAAACUUACAACAACUUCAACAACAAAAACAACUCCGAAACCAACAACAACUGCGACAACAAAAACCACUCCUAAACCAACAACAACUUCAACAACAAAAGCAACCACAACCACUCCUAAACCAACAACAACUUCGACAACAAAAACAACUCCGAAACCAAAAACAACUACAACAAAAAAAGCAACCACAACCCCUCCUAAACCAACAACAACUUCGACAACAAAAACAACUCCAAAACCAAAAACAACUUUAACAACAAAAACAUCUCCGAAACCAACAACAAUUUCGACAACAAAGUCGACUCCAAAACCGACGACAGCCUCCACAACAAAAGCAACCACAACCACUCCUAAACCAACAACAACUUCAACAACUCCGAAACCAACAACAGCUUCGACAACAAAAGCCACCACAACUACAACAACAACUUCAACAACAAAAGUAACUACAACCACUCCUAAACCAACAACAACAACAACUCCUAAACAAACAACAACAAGACUGACGACAACCUCGACAACAAAAACAACCACAACCACUUCUAAACCAACAACAACUCCUAAGCCAACAACAACUUCUAAACCAACAACAACUUCAACAACAAAAUCAACUCCGAAACCAACAACAACUUCGACAACAACAGAAACCACAACUACAACAACUCCGAAACCAACAACAACUUCGACAACAAAAGAAACCACAACUACAACAACUCCGAAACCAACAACAACAGCUGCAACGAAAGCACCAACCACAACAACCACAAAAAUAGCAACAACAGCAUCCACAACAACUGUGAAACCAACAACGACUUCUUCAACGAAAGCACCUACAACAACUACCACUACGACGACAACAACUACACCAAAGCCUUCCACAACAACAACCUCUCAAAAACCCACUACAACAUCAAUAACUACGACUACUCCAAAAACGACAACAACUACGACUAAAACUCCAACAACAGAGCCCCCAGCAACAACAACCACAAAAGCAUCUACAACACCAAAACCAACAAUAACAACGACUAAGACUCCAACAACCGAACUGACAACAACAACGCCUAAACCAACAACAUCAACUACUACCAAAGCUCCUACGACAACAGAAAGAACAACGACAACAACAACGCCAAAACCAACAACACUUUCGACUAAAGCUCCAACAACAACACCAACGACUACCACGACAACUCCUAAGCCCCCAACAACAACAGUAACAACUCCCAAGCCAUCAUCAACGACAACAGUAACAACUCCCAAGACAACAACGACAAGAACAACACCCAGCGCUAGUCCAACAACUGCAGCAACAUCAAAGACGACAACCAAGCUGACAACAGCUGAGAGCACAAUUCGCACCACGAGACAGUCGACAACUCAAUUGGCCACCUCGAAGACAACUCCGUCAGCGAUAACAACGACAACUGCAGGCCAAAAUACGACGUUGGUAACAACCACAGAGCUGCCACCGUGUCACAACUCAGAUACAAAAACACAAUUCGCAUGCACACCACAGCAACAACCACAACAACAGCCACAACAAGCACAGUUACAACAGCAACAACAGCUCAACAGCAACAUCAGCAACAACAACAACAAUCAAAACACAGAACCAGAAACACAAUUUGCCAUAUCAAAAACGAGUAGAAACCGUUUGCUCAGGGAAAGUGAGGCGCAGUCCCCACUUGUGGCACACAAUUUAAUUUCCAGCGAGGUCAGUUUAGAUUACGUCAAUGACGAAGCAGCGCCCGAAGGGGAAUCUCUACAAGAUAUGAAGCUCGAGGAGACCCAAAGCACCACUGUGAAAGCCACAACGCAAAGGCCGCUGAAAAAGCCCUCGACAAUGUCUUCACUAGCAGCUGCUCACAUCCUAAAGAAACUCUUCAGGGUUAUAUCGACAACGCCAGCUAGCAGAGUGUCCAGUCCUAGGGUGACCAUUGCCCAACUGGCGCGACACAAUCUGGCCACCUCUAAGCCCUUUAUAGCGCAGUCUUUGCGGAUGUCAAUCAAGCAGUUGGCGACGAAUCCAGUCAAGAAGUUUGAAGAUGGUGAACCAACAAAACAGUUAGCAAAGAAUCAAGUUAAGGAAGUUAAAGAAUCUGAGACAAUGAAUCAAGUUAAACAAGUUGAGACUUCCGAGACAAUAAAUAAGUUGCCAAUGAAUCACACCUUAACUUCGACUGUGCCGCCCAUUCUAGUUGCGCAAUCCGAAGAAUCAGAGUACUAUGAUAGUAACGAGUAUGAACUAGACGAGCAGGACAACAUGGUGGCAGGAAAUGAGCUAAUCAACACCACCAUUUCCAUGGGAAAUUCAACUACAGCUCAGCCAACCAGCUUGCCAGUAACAACCACCACAGCGAUGCCGUCGACCAUACCAAUAAUUGAAUUAAAAGCAGUGGAAACCACCACAGGAACUGCACCCAUUGCAUCUGAUACCACAAUUGGUAUCAGGGAUUUUCUGGAAACAAGUUCUAGUGUUCCAGUUCCAGCUAUAGUCAAUGCCACAAUCUUGUCAGCUGCAGUUGUUAAGGGAAAUGUGACUGCUGAAGCUGAUAACAGUGACAACUACGUGGAUUCCGACUAUGCCAACGAUGAGCCCGCAGAGGAGGAAGAGGAGCCGAAUGAAAUUCAAGAUUUGAGUGCCCAAAAGAGCAUGCUUAUCAAUCUGCUGCGCCAAAAGCUAGCCAGAAGGCACAUAGUCAAUAAGGUGACGCAGUUAAUUGCCUCCACCACUUUGGCACCCAUUCGGACCACACCCAAGACCACGAUAGGCACAACUACACCCAAUUCGAAUGCCAUCAAUAGCCACAAUGUGGAAUAUGACGACGAAGACUACGAUUAUUCCAGCGAAGUGGAGGCCACAGCAGGUGACACUGCCAUUAAUCAGGAUACUUUUAGGCCAGCAGUCAAUGCUGGCAAUGGGGCAACAGCCAAGCGACACUCCAUACAUCCAGCCAUGGUCAUUAGUCCACAGAAGCCAACGCAUAAAGUGACUCGCAACGUAAGCGGCUUUGUGCCCAGUAGCGAAGGGUUAACGAGCGAGGCCAUACCAUCACCACAAGUAGCUGAUAGAUUCCCCUUUCAAGCAGUCAAUCUUGCAGUGGCUCAGCAGCUGCCCAAAGCAGAAUUUCUUAGGCAAAGCUUCAAUGAGGUUAGCGAAAGAUCAAACAAGCAUAAAUCAAGCAAAUCAGCAAAUAGCUUGACAAAACACAACACACACAAAGGCACAAUCAAUACGAAUACACUUAAAGAAAAAUUGCAUAAGGUAAAGCCCAUUAAGAUGGCAACGACUCUUUUGCCGAUGGUAAGCCGGCAGAGCAUCACCACAACAACUAGCAGACCUCCAACAACCACUAGAGCAACAACAACAACAACAACCACAACAAUUAUAUCAGAGGCAACAAAAAACACUGCUACAACACCGACCACAGCAACCACAACUCCCACAGCAGCCACACACCAAGAGAUCCUUACGGUCAACCACAAACCUUGGCUGCUCCAAUCACAGAACCAAACCGUACAUUUAGCUCCCAUUAAUGUGCUAUCCAGCAUCCCAGUGACUCAUUCCAAUCAUUCCAAUUCUUUAUUAGCGGACACGACCGUUGACUAUGGCACAGAGAAGGUGCCGGAGCUGAUACUCAAGGUGUAUGAGCCCAUUGAUGUCAAGGUUAUCUUCUGUCCACGAGCCUGCGACGAGGACCACGAUCAUCAAUAUGACCCAGCUGAUAAUUAUAAGACGCAUUCAAACUCGAGUUGUACAAGCAAUUGCGAUGAGCCCAAGCAUCCGCGUCAUCAUAGCGUAGACCUUGCCUGGAAGCCAGUUAACUUGACUAACACCAUCGGCUUCGAGACGAUGACAUAG